UACGUUUCGUUGAGAAUCAUAGAAAAUUGUGUCAUGGAUUAUGAUAAUACUCGUAGGCUAAGAAGUACCAGAAGUUCAGUGGAUUUCAACAUUAUGAUAUCAUUAAACAGAUUGAUGAGACAAUAUCCCGAAGAAACUUCAAUCAAUGAGAGAAUAUUCUAUAUUCUUGGAAAUAUGUGUAAAAGAAAUAGGGAGUAUGCUUACAUAAUCACCACUAGAUAUCCAGAAUUUGUGAAACGGUCUUUGGUGUUUUUGGAAAAGGCUGCGAGUGAAAAUUGUUCUAAAACUGCUCCUGACCCGACGUUACUGCUUAUUAGAAAUCUUUUGGACUGCCAUACGUUUUCGGAGCUCUUCGGACCCUUCAAGGUGAUGCAUGUUCUGUGCUCCGUGUUUAUGAAGAUCACCGCGGAAUGGGAAAAGACCGGCGCCAAGGAGAAUUUUUUGAAGGAAAUCAUCGAAGCGUUGCAAUACUUUUCAUGCUUCCACAUCAGUUACGAUAUUUUUUUCAAUAUGAAAAAUAUCGAAGGAGAAAACUGCUCAACGUUUCUAAUAAAAGUUCUGCUCCUGUCGCCAAAACAUACAGUGAACAUCGUUCAACACUUUUUUCGCUCUACAAAUGAGCGUGAACUGCCGAUUCGGGAGAUAUUGGAUAUUUUCAACAAUAAAUUGUUGAAAUCAGACUUGAGAGAAUUAACAUGUGAAUGUGAAAUUUACAUCGAGAGUAUCUGUGCCAUUGUGUCUCGCUCUCUGAAACAUAAUUUGGAACAACACAGGCAGUGCAUCAAGGUGUUGCUCAAAGUCAUAGAAACAUUUAGCUAUACUUCCAAGAGGGAAAUGAAAUGCCUUCUCCUCAUUGUCAGAACUUUCGCCGAUUGCCAUUAUGAUGUCGAGUUCAUGAAAGAUCAAUUAGACUGCAAUAUUAUUCCAUCACUGACGAAUAGUCUGCAUCGUGCCCUGNCAAUCACACUAUCAUAA